AUGGUCAUAAACGAAAUUUAAAAACAAAUCGUAAAAUUGAAUAUAAAGAUAACAAAUUUGGUUUUGGUGGUCGAAAGAAAAAUUUAAAAAAAAAUACAGCUGAAAGUUCAGCUGAUGUAUUUAAUAAAAAAUCUAAUAAAUGGCAACGUCCAUCAUUUCAUGCACAAAAAGGCAAAAAGGGCAAACAAAACUCAUCUCGACCUGGUAAAAUGGCUCGUCAAAAAGCACGAACAAAGAAACAAUAA